AUGGCAUCGCUCAAUCUUUCCACAAAUGGGCCUUCGAUCACGAAGAGCUACCAGACGGUAGUUAAUGCCCCUCCACCAACUGGCGCUGCAGCCUCUUCGCCCACGUAUGGUCAGUGGGCUGUCUUUUCGGUCCAGGCUCCGCUGGCAAAUGCCUUUCAGGAUGCGGGAAACAAGGAAAGUGUGCUCAAGGUGCAAAGCACGGGAGAGGGAGAGCUGGUCGACCUGAUCGACGACUUCUCUGAUGGACGAAUACAAUUUGCUUUUGUCAAGGUUAAGGACACGAACACUGGUCUACCCAAAAAUGCCCUCAUCGCUUGGUGUGGUGAAGGUGUACCUGAACGGACCAAAGGCUACUUUACGAGCCAUAUGACAGCUGUAGCCAAGCUUCUUCAUGGCUACCACGUACAGAUUACGGCGCGAUCAGACCGCGACCUCUCACCCGAAAGCAUUAUCCAAAAGGUUGCCGACGCCUCCGGUGCAAAGUACUCCUCGGCGACUGCACCUCCACCUACAGCUUCGAUCAAACCUUCAAUUGCCUCGAAACCUGCCUUCACCCCGACUCAGAGCACUUCCGUACCAAUAAGGACUGCGAGAAGAGCAGAUUCAAACGUCGAUGAAGAUGGCUGGGGAGCAGAUGCGCCGCCUGUGGUGCGAACACAGCUCGAGCGGGUGCAGCCUGCAUACCAACCUACAAAGGUUAACAUGCGAGACCUUGUCUCUCAGAAGCCGACAUCCAGCUUUACUCCUGCGAACACUUCGGACGACCGUCCUGACGUAGUCAGAGGUGCCUACCAACCAAUUGGCAAGGUUGAUAUUGCUGAGAUCCGAAGACAAGCGAAAGAGUCGGGUCAGCUCAAAGAAGAAAGACCAGAGACUGUAAAGGGUUCAUACGAGCCUGUUGGCAAGGUCGAUAUUGCUGCCAUCAAAGCUCGAGCCCAGAAACCAGAAUCUGCCAUUUCUCCUCGUGCAGAACCACCUGCGCCAGACUCGCAAGAAGAGCAACCACCAUCUCUUGCUCAAAGAUCGGCUGCUUUUUCGCAAGCGAGCCCUCUUACAUCAUUGCCUAAACCCAAGGUCACAAACAAAUUUGGAGCAAGCAGCACUUUCACUGGCACAAAGGCGCCAACUCCGGCCGGCUUCGAGACUGCGCAGCCAGCUACUGCGGCUCCUGUAGGCACAGCGAGUCGCACGUUUGCCGACCAGGGUGGUAAGACUCCUGCUCAGAUAUGGGCUGAGAAGAAAGCGCGAGAACGGGGUGCUAGUGGCAGUGGUUCCGCACUUCCAGCGUCUGGAUAUACUGGUACAACACCUGUUCUCGAACAAAAGAGCGGAAACACAGGGUAUGAAAGUGGCUACGCAGGCAAGAAGUGGGCCCCCGUUGGCACCAAUAGGACUGGUCGAUCCAGCAUUGCAGAACAGAAGACUGGUGAGGCGAACCCAGAAGAAGACUCUCCCACUCCCGCCUCCCCAGCUGGUGCGGUAAGCUCUAUCCGCGAUCGCUUCAGUGGUGCUGCUCCCAUGGGCGCGCCGGCUUCAUCCAGCUUUGAUCGAGCUCCUCCACCUGUUCCUGAACCAGAAACGAGUACAAAGCCUAAUCGAGGCGUUCCAAUACCAGGCCUGCCCACGCGUCCAGCGCAAGAAGAGGAAGAGUCGACAACAGCAGGUAUUCCGCCUCCUCCACAUGUACCUCGGAGCCCUACACCAGAAACGCCAGAGCGGGAGACGUCGCCUAUCCGUAUUGCCAUGCCUGUCAGUAAGGCAGCACCAGUUCAGGAUGCUCAUGAAGAAGUACAUUCUCCUCCACCUGCAGUGCCUACAGAAUCACUCAGACGUGUUGUACCUCCACCACCACCAGAAGAAGACGAUGAGCCCGAAACAGGUCCCGAUCCUGGUCGAGUUGCUGCACAAGCCGCAGCAGCAACUGCUACAGGUGCUGCAGAGCCUGAAAUUGAGACUGAAAGUGGCGGGGAGAGAGCUAGAGCUGAAUUUGACUACGACGCUCAGGAAGACAACGAAAUCUCUUUCGCGGAGGGCGAGAUUCUAACAGACAUUCAGAAGGUCGAUCCCGACUGGUGGAUUGUCACUAAUAGCAAAGGUCAACAGGGCCUGGUGCCAGCGAAUUACCUACAGAUCGUACAAGAUGAAGAACCUAUGCCAGCUGCAUCUCAAAGAAUUCCAGAUGCUGCACCUUCAGCAGCAGCUUCUGCUCCUGUACCAUCGGCCGGCGGGUCUCAAGGCAAGACUGCAGUAGCCAUCUAUGAUUAUGAGGCUGGCGAAGACAACGAGCUCUCCUUCCCAGAGAAUGCUGUCAUUACUGAUAUUGAAUUUCCCGAUCAAGACUGGUGGCAGGGUGAAUACAACGGCAAGAGUGGACUCUUUCCCGCAGCAUAUGUCGAGCUUCGAGGAUAG